CGCAGCUCCGGCAGCUCGUGCCUAUUUCAGCCUUAGUGUCUCAGUGUACCUGUGAAAACCUGUGAAAACCUGGACAAGUGUGAACUCCUCUGUCUCUGAGAGCCGCUGCUGCUGUUACUGAUGAACUAACCUGUCAAAUAUCACACUUCGUCUGAACUGAACAUGUCGGCGAGUUUGUCUGCGGUCUUUUUUCUGCUGCUGGUGAGUCAACAGGUGUUGAGCAUGGAUCCACAUGAUGUCCACGAGAAGCAGGUUGGCCAAGGCAAGAGACGCCUCUCUCUGCAGAGCACAGGUGAAGCACUUUCAUUUUAAUAUACUUUUUUAAUUUGUGUGUAUAAAUCUGCUAUUACUGCGUUUGUAAUCCAAAGAUGUUGGAUGUUGACAAAGUCAGAAUUUUUUGGCCCCAAAGUUAUCAAAAAUUCACAUUAUAGGACCAAGUAAUCAACAGUUUUAGUGUAAAAUGAGCCAACGUUAUUAUUAUUAUUGUUAUUAUUAUUAUUAUUAUUAUUAUUAUUAUUACAGACACAGUGUAGACAUAUCAUUUGAUGUUUCUAUGUCCCUCUUGUGAUUUCUGUAAUUAUAAAUAUUCAUUUUAUUCUGUUAUAAUAUAUUAAAUUAAAUGUUGCCCCAUCAAAGACAGUACAUGUCUGUCCCGGACUGUCAAUUUUUUUUGUGUAGGAUGGUAGGGAAAGAUCCCGCCCUCCUUCGCCUCUGAUUGGCUAGAGGUGCUGGGCUCCGAUUGGUUAUUCCUUAUGGCUGUGAAAUGUCGUAGUCUGUCGGGUUAGGGUUAGGGUUAGGAUAAGGGUUAAAAAAUAUAUAUUGCGUCCCGUGCCUGGAAGUGAUGGCCUUCAGCCUACAUAACCUUCCGAUAUCCGCUUGUGUGCCUUUAGCAAACGAGUCGGCACUUUGAGCCAACUCCUGAACUUGUGAGAGCAAACAGCGGAAUGACGACAGUUUUUUUUAUCUCUCUAAAAACAGGUGUUUGCAGGACCAGACACUUACAUAGAAGGUUAAAAAACAAAUAAUAAUCUCACUCUGGGGAUAUUCCUGCUCAACACAGAACGGAUGUUACUGGUUGCACCUGUUGCCAGCACCAAAAGUAAUAUUUUCAUAUCAGCAAAUGAGUUUAAAAUUUCAAUAAAGAGCCAUUUCAAAGCCAGAAUAGCUCGCUCUUAUGAGUCUGAUGAGUUGAGCAAAAUGAUCCAGCUCACUUAAAAAAGACGAAAGUCCCUCCAGUAGUGGGCGGCUGUAAUUCAAUGCGUGGCUCGAUCCUCUCCAAGCACAUUCCCCCUCCGCUGGAAUCUCUAGUUUUCUGUAUCACUCUGCCUCAGGUGGUCUAAACACCUCCAUCUAACUUCACAUGAGGGCUGUUGACUCUGAAUUUCAACUUUCAAAGGACUCUUAUAAACUACAAAUAAAUCCACAAAACAAAGUACUAGGUUUAUGUGUAAAAAGUAGCAGUACAGUUCCAGACAAGUUAUUGUACAGGUAGUUUUGAUUAAGGCCAGGCCAUGUCUUUGUCCUGUGUUGGUACUCAGUAUAGGCCUAAAGCUGCACUCCUGUCUCUGAAAUAUUGUUGAAUCUAGUUUGAAUGCGAUCCAAGAUGUUGUGUUCAUUUAUUACUGUAAAAUGACCUAACAGAAGUUAUUAUUUCUCCCUUCCUCACCCCUCUAUCUCUCCUUCUUCUUCUUCUUUCUCAGCUGAUAUUCAGAGCUGCCUGGUGAGUUCGGGGGAUGUCGGCUGCGGGACUUUUCAGUGUUUCAACAACAACUCCUGCGAAAUUCAAGGGUUGCACCACAUCUGCCUCACUUUGCUGCACAACGCCGGGCGCUACAACUCGCAGGUGGGGACGGCGGGACUGUUUGACCUUAAGUCACCCUCAUUAACGCACUUUUUCAGAAGUAGGCUAACGCGUUUCCCAUGAGGUCCCGUUUGCUCUAACUUACACGGUCUGAAAUCACAUCGGUGAGAGCCAUCUUAGACCAGGCAUAUUUGUAGUAUGUGUUUUUAUUUCAUCUAAUCCCUUCAGUCAUUACAGCCAUUUGUGAAGAAUGUUUCUCGUAUAAGGAUCACCGUAUAGUUAUGCAUGGUAGCACUGGUUACAGAACAAACCGAGAGGGGAAGUGAAAUCAGAGAGGGAACAUCCUGUCUUCUCUACUAGAAUAGAAGUGCAUGCAGCUCCGGGGUGACUUCUGUAUGAACAGGAACAUUGGAUGAUGUUCAGCCUGGAUCCCUGACUGUAGAUAAUUAUAAUACAGCUCCACAGUAACAAACGGUGUAUUAUUUAAAUGUUUGUGUCAUGGACAAGAGUGGAACAUUUCUGAAGUUGUAGUGGGUCUCUUCACGACACAGUCGCAUGCAAAUUUGAUGCAAAAGUACACUGAUCAAAGGAGUAUUUUUGGAUCUCUUGAGGUUCAAAAUCAAACCUGACAAAAAUCAGUGCUUUUAACUUCACCAAAAACUCGAAUGGAGAUGCUCUAGGUUGUCAUUUUUCAGUUGAGGCAGUAUGUUAUUGUUUAGUUAUAUGUUAGUGAUGCUGGAUGAUGGCUGUAAGUGGCCUACUCUUUCACCCAAUUACUUUUUUUGUUCCUCUACCUUUCAAAUGCAAAAUAUAUAGAGUUGUUACUACAGACUUAUAUUCCGGCAUAAAUUUAAGUUAUGGUCAAACUCACUGUAACACCGAGUUAGACACCCCCUUAAGAGAUGAAUGUUGCUGACCGCUUGCUUCUCUAGUUAUACCAACUUUAGUAACGACCGCACAAUAGCAAUACACAGCGGUCUACAUCUCCACACACAAACCUCAACCAAAACGCCACAAAUAAUGCUCAGAACAGCACCUAACUUCAUCAACAGUACAUAUAGGGUCCCAGCCAUAGUACUAGCCACCAAACAUCUUUUUAACUUUCCCUGAUUUCUUUAGCAAAGAGACUAAAGACAACUCAACCACUCUCUUCCAGCAUCCGCUUGUUUGUGGGGGAGCCCUAACGAGUCGAUCACCGGGUCCAGCGGAAAAUUUAUGAUUAUUACUUCAUGCAAAUGCAAUCAGAUCGAGACGCCAAGGCAGAAGAACUACCACGUCUACAGUGCGCAUACAAGAUACCCAAGAACUCUGGUUGCAUUUUCAUGAAGUAAUAAUCAUAAAUGUUCUUCCUUGAGCUGCGAAACUCCGCUGCACUCUGUGAUCGACCGCUCUGUCUUGCUAUCAUGCGGUUGUUGCUUUCGUUGGUAUAACUUGAGAAGCAAGCAGUCGGCAACAUUCAUCUCUCGAGGAGGCGUCUAACUCGGUGUUACGGUGUGUUUGACCAUAACUUAAAUUUACACCAGAAUAUCCCUUUAACUUCACUGCUGUGGGAUUUGGAGAAAUCCAAAGAUUGGCAUCCCGUUCAGGUGCAGCUUCUGAAAUGUGAUAAGCCACUGGUGAUUCCCACCCUUAACGUUCACUAAAAGGAGGUGUCCCACUGAUCCCCACUGUCCCUCCUCUCCCACCAGGGCAAGUCUUUCGUGAAGGAGGCGUUGCGGUGCAUGGCGCUGGGACUUCGGCAGCGCUUCAGCUGCGUGAGCCGCCGGUGCUCAGCAGUGAAGGAAAUGGUGUUUUCACUGCAGAGAGAGUGCUACUCCAAACACCAGCUCUGCCUCGCUGUGCAGGACCACAUGGACACCAUGGGAAGCCUGGUCCAGUUCAACUUGAUGUUUCCCCCGGGGUGAGAGAAACUCACACAGUAAUCAAAAAUCAGCGGAGGUGGAUAACUGUAGUUCCUGUAUUAAACUAUUUAAGAUGAAUGACUCAGGACAAUCCUGUGAAAAUAGGGAAAAAUUAUAUCCUGAAGAAAAUGACACACUUAAAGGUUUUUAAAAUUAUUAUACUGUUUAUUUGUUAAAAGCUGGAAAGACAAGUCAUUAAACCAGUAGAUCCCAUCUUUUCCCAUGUCCCACCAGACCAUACGUGGAGCUGAUAAACUUCCUGUUGGACUGUGGAGACGAGGUCAGAUCGUGGGUCAGUCUACGGAUGCGCAGCCAGUGCGAGCAAAACUGGGGGACGCUGUGCAGCAGCUUUGGCAGUUCCUGCUCUGUCAGCCAAUCAGACACUCCACAGCACACCACGACCAGCCCACUACCGACCACUGUGCCCCGGCCCUUCACUCUACAGCAGCCGACAGCGGAGGCGCAACAUGAAGACAACAGCCAAGUCGACAACACGACACAAUCUGGUCCGCCUGUGUCAAAUAAUGCUGGUGCAUCGUAAACAGACAGGAAGGUCCCGUUCGGGCGCAGAAAGGCGAAUCAGAACAGAGGGAUUAGAUGUAGUGGGUUUUCUGGCGAAAGCAAUAACUCAUAACUUAUUUAACCAAUAUGAUAUUUACGCUUAACUAAUAUUUGUCUUUGUGUUUGACUUGUAAAAGGAUUAAAACCGUUUAUCUACCUCACUUCCACAUGACAGUAAGUCUCUGUGACGAGAUAUUUCAGCACUGGGUAUGGACGACGGGGAAUUUCAAGUGCAGCUCAGUCAGAAGUCUACUAUUUAAGUGUUUUUGUAUUUAUAGAGUUCAAUGUAUUUUAAUAUUCCUCUUCAAGAAUCACAUUUCAUAUAUACACCUUGGAUUUCAGGUAAUGUUUUGUAAGUUUUUCUGUAAACGUGUUUUCACUGAAAGUCAAUAAAGUACAAAGAGUUUACUGGACAAAGAAAAGCGUGUGGAUGGAGUCUCAACAUCUUCAUGGUGGUGUUUUAUGUUGAGUAUCCUGCCAUCUACUGGUGCAUCAGUGGAAAUGUAGCCAAGCACUCCCUUAAUAUGUU